AUGGCAUCACAAGGACGUCCAAUCGGAGGGAAUUCGUCAAAAAAAUUGCGGUCAUCAAUUGGAAACGGUGAGAAGGUGGUGGCACCGAUCAAGAUUCGCAUCAGUGCGCGUAAGAAGAAACGUAAUGACGACGAUGACGAUGACACAAAUCAGGAUAGCGAUCAAGAAUUUGAACAUUUGCUUAAAGAACACGAGAAGCAGUUGGACGAAGAGGAACGCGAGAAGGAGGAAAGACGAGCGGCACGAAGCAAGAAAAAAGGAGGAAAGAAAAAAAAGAAAGGAGAAGACGGUUACGAGAAAUUAUUCGUGAGUGAGGAUCGACGCAGUCCUCUUAAAACGGGUUCAGAUGAUCAGUUGGAAAAUAGGCCAUGA